CACUGGUUCUGCCGGUGAGAAAAAUGGGCACAGAGAGAGCACUGAUGGCUCUGAGGCCUAUUUAUAUGGAAGCUUGGCCCAUCCUUCUGCUCAUCAGAGACCCAUAUCAGAGGCAGCUGAAAUGAGUGUGGAAAUAUUGGACAGUGAAACCAUCGUCAACUUUGUUGAGGACGAGGCAGCCUUUGGUGCCUUCAUUAGAGAACGCUUUGCUCACCUUGACACCAACCAUGAUGGCCUCCUUUCUUAUAGCGAGAUGCUAGAGGAGUUGCAGAGCCUGAGGGUGACACAGAACGACUUUGAAAUUGACGUGAAGCUUGACCCAGAUGAGGUUUCUUCUGUUUAUAGUGCUCUGUUCUUGCAGUUUGAUCGUGACUUGAAUGGAACAGUUGAUCUGGAUGAGUUCAAGACUGAGACCAAAAGGAUGAUGCUUGGGAUGGCUAAUGGGAUGGGGUUCUUGCCUGUUCAGAUGGUGCUGGAAGAGGGCAGCUUGUUGAUGAAGGCUGUUGAGCGUGAAACUGGUGUAAUGGCCACUUGAGCGUUCUGAUUGCUAUUACAUGAAUCGCUGUGUACUUGGUGUGGUUGUAAAUUCAUGAAUCAAUUCAGAUGAGUGAGGUUCUUCUUAACUGAAAUAAAACAUGUUUUUCCUUUUUCAGCUU